AUGACCUGCUUCAGAAUGCGCGACGAACCCCCCGCCUACGAAGAAGCCGCGGGCUCCAGCUCGACCGCCAUCCCAGGCGACAACAAGACACAGUUGCAAGAUGAGGAUCAGCGGUCGCAAUACGGGCUGAUUUCAAUUUCGGGGUACGACCGUAUUCGUCUCAUACGCUUCCCAGAGUCUAUUGUCGCGCUUGUAUCGGAGACACUCCAGAAACACUGGCCCAAGGGCAUCCAAAAUGUAAAGGCGUACUACGAGAGCACGGAGUUCAAGCUGCGUGGAAACCCCUUUGAACACGGCAAUGAUGAUGAGAAGGUUGCGUUGCGGAACGCUAUAUUAGGGCUUCUGGAUGCUCUUGCAAGAGAGGGUUGGGGUGUUCACCCUGCUGCCGGGGGGUUGGGGCGCAUAGGGAAUUAUAAGUCGUUUGGGCAGAAGGAUAGCUUGAUAUUCAAGCGCCAAGACCCACAGCAGCUCUCUUGGAUGUGCAUCUCCUUUGACGCCGAUGACCUCAUGCACCUUAUCAACGCGCCUCCCGAGUUGGCCCUAUCCCUGGUUGCAGUCUUUGGGGACCGGAUCAAGAAUUGUAAUCAGGAUCUUGUGAGCGGGAACUUCGAGGUCAAGUUCCAAAGAAAGCUAUGGGCUAAGUCGUCGGACGAAGGAGCGGUGCUGAGUCGAGUGGCCAUACUAGAUGUGCUUCAGUGUCUGGAGGGCCAGGGGUUCAGGUUGUGUUCAAGCUUGGAUAUCGAUUAUGGCAACGGGGGUGAGUUGUAUAAGAGUAGUGGGGAGACAUGGUUUUGUUGUCGGUGA